AAUAGAAAGCUCCUAUGCGGAAACAAUGGUAGAGAGAACUCGUGUGACGCUAUUUUUGGUGCUACCCGCUUAGAUUUCUAUUUUCGUCUUCUUCAGCGGCUGGACAUACCAAGUUGCUUGCGAUAACUAAUUAUUUCUCCCUCACUUGUAGCCUACUGACGAAUCUCAUCCUUGGCCACUGGUCUCUUUCCCUGUAUGUUGCUAGACAGUCCUUUCACAAAUAGGCAUCACAGGACGAGUAACAGACAUCACUGGCUUUUUGGAGGAAUAUUUAUAAUGUGGAUAUAGAACCUGUUGCGUUGUUGUGACUUAUUCUUACAAGAUGGAAUCACGGCGCCGGGACCUACCGUAGACAAAGACCGACGGGACAGCUUUUUUUCAGGAGUGUCAGAGUCCUCGGUGUCGGCGCCCCUGGGGUCAGUCCCCAUGGACCUGCGUGUGACGGAGCGUGUGAUGCGGCCGGGUUCGGACACAGCCCUGCUGACGCCCCUGCACCCCCCGCUGCUCCUCAGCCCCUUCUCCCCCCAGGCCUGCACCCCUUUCUCGCAGCAGCAGCUGCACCAGCACAUACGGUUCAACAUGGAACAACGGAGACGUGAGCAGGAGCAGGAGAAACAGCAAGAGCUGCAGCAGCUGUGGCACAAGGACAAGAGCCAACAGAGUGCCGUGGCCAGUUCCCUGGUGAAGCAGAAACUCCAGGAGGUGAUUCUGAAGAAGCAGAAACAACAAGCCCUGGAGAGGACCAGCUCCAACCCUCUCAGUGGUCCCCCUGUGGGCUACAGGGAGCUGGCUCCAGACCCCAGUGGGCCCCCCCAGCCUCUAGUGUCCCCCCCCGCACAGGGUUCCAGCGACGGCUCAGAUGACACUCCUCUACGCAGGGCAGCCUCAGAGCCCAACCUGAAGGUGAAACACAAGCUGAAGAAACACCUGAACACUCGUAAGAGUCCUCUGACACGCAAGGAGAGUGCCCCUUCCCCCAUCAAACACCGGGUGCCCGACACUCUGGACUCGUCCCCCAGCAGCAGUAGCACACCAGUGUCUGGCUGCAGCUCGCCUAACGACAGUCUACCCAAUGAGAACGGAGUGCUGCAGUCUAUUGGCGGGCUGUCCCAUGAGGUUAUUAUCCGAUUGGCCCAGAGACUACUGCUCCAGGAUGGGUCUCUAGCCCACUUCACCGUCCAGAGUUCCUCUGUCCUACCCACCAUCACCCUGGGCCUGCCAGCCAACGCCAGGAGUGAUGGAGACUUGUCCCCUCUGAAGGUGGGCCGGGUGCCUAUGGUGGCGGGAGGGCAGUCUGUCUACCUUCCCCUGGGGACGGAGGAGCAGAGUGGGUCGCUGUCCCCUCACUUCCAGCCUGUCCUCAUCCUGGAGCCCUCCGGACUGGUGCACGCCCCAAUGCUCGCUGUUCCAGGCCUGGGCCCUGUUCCUCUGCAGUUUUCCCCCCAGACGGAUCAUCUGGCCCCGGAAGGGGGCCCUCACAAGCCUCUGAGCCGGACUCGCUCAGAGCCCCUGCCCCAGAGCCCCAGAUCCCUUCACCCCCAUCUGCUGCAGCAGCACCACAACUGCCAACUUUUGGAGAGACUUAAACAGCAGACACAUCUGGGAAAGCUGAUGUCUAAGACCAGUGAGAAGCCUCGUCUUAAACAGAUCCCCUCAGAGGACAUGGACUCUGAGGAGGUGGGGCCAGCGCCCAGCGACAUCUAUCAGGGCAGAGCAAGGGCGGAGUCACUGAGGGAGGCGGAGCUCGUGUCUGCGGCAGACAGCCAGGGAGGACAGAUCAACCUGCAACACACACUCAUACUCAACCAGUCGUUGCUAUGGGAGAAACAGAAACAGCUGCAGCAGCUGCGUCGCCAGACAGCCCACAUGGAGACACUGGCGGUACCUAUUAUGCUUGGCGGUGCCCACCGCCCCCUCUCCCGUACCCAGUCCUCGCCAGCCUCCACAUCCCUCACGUUGCCAGACAAACCCCUACCCCUGUCCACCCCAGAACCACAGAGCAAACCACGCUUCACCACAGGUCUGGUUUAUGACUCUCAGAUGCUGAAGCACCAGUGCACAUGUGGUGACAACAGCAGCCACCCAGAGCAUGCUGGGAGGAUCCAGAGUAUCUGGUCACGUCUCCAGGAGAGAGGUCUCAGGGGACAGUGUGAGACUAUCCGAGGUAGGAAGGCCACUCUGGAGGAGCUGCAGUCGGUCCAUUCAGAGCGUCAUGUCCUUCUCUAUGGCACCAACCCUCUUAACCGCCUCAAACUGGACAACCGCAAGCUGUCCGGCAUUCUCUCUCAAAGGAUGUUUGUAAUGCUGCCAUGUGGAGGAGUAGGGGUGGAUAAUGACACAAUCUGGAACGAGUCUCAUACGUCCACGGCAUCGCGCAUGGCUGCAGGCAGCGUCACAGAGCUGGCCUUCAGAGUGGCCAAAGGAGAACUCAAGAAUGGCUUUGCAGUGGUGAGACCCCCAGGCCACCAUGCUGACCCCUCCAACCCAAUGGGUUUCUGCUAUUUCAACUCAGUGGCCAUCGCAGCCAAACAGCUGCAACAGAAACUGAGUGCCAACAAGAUCCUCAUCGUUGACUGGGAUGUUCACCAUGGUAAUGGGACCCAGGAAGUGUUUUACAAUGAUCCCAGUGUGCUGUAUAUCUCACUGCAUCGCUAUGACGACGGCAACUUCUUCCCUGGCAGCGGCGGGCCGGCUGAGGUGGGAUCUGGUGCUGGAGAGGGCUUCAAUGUCAAUGUGGCCUGGACUGGAGGUCUGGACCCCCCUAUGAGUAAUGCUGAGUACAUCACUGCUUUUAGGACGGUGGUGAUGCCCAUAGCUCAGGAGUUCUCCCCUGACGUGGUCCUGGUCUCCUCAGGGUUCGAUGCAGCAGAGGGACACCCUGCACCUCUAGGGGGUUACAAGGUCACCGCCAAAUGUUUUGGGUUCCUUACCCGGCAGCUGAUGGGUCUGGCUGGAGGCCGGGUGAUCAUGGCUCUGGAGGGAGGUCACGACCUCACGGCCAUCUGUGACGCCUCUGAGGCCUGCGUCAGUGCUCUGCUGGGUAUUGAGGAGCCUCUGUCAGAGGAGGUGCUGCUGCAGAAGCCCAAUGCUAACAGUGUUCGCUCGCUACUGAGAGUCAUACAGAUACAUGGUCAGUAUUGGCAGUCCCUGAAGCUGUUCAGUAGCUCUGUGGGACUGUCCUACCUGGGUGCUCAGAGGAGAGACUGUGAGGAGACUGAUGCUGUCAAUGCUCUGGCCUCUCUGUCUGUGGGGGUCCUGACCAGCAGGAGCCACCCAGACGAGCCUAUGGAGCAAGAUGAGGACUCCAUGUAGAAGAUGCUGACCUUUGACCUCACAGACCUCUCCUUCAGGACAUCCCAAUAGCCUUGGAGAUCCUUCCCUGUCACACGAUGAGGGGGAGGAGUGUAGAUUGUGGAUCUCUGCCUUAACCAAUGAGGCCCUAAAACCACACAGUGCCUCAAAGACCACCGUCCAUUCUCCUCAGACUAUAUGCAGCGCACCUUAACACAGUGAAGAAUGAACUCAACACAGUGGAACUAAUGUAUCCUUCUGACACAACACCAAAGCCCUGUCAGUGUAUAUGUGCGAUAAAAGAUGUUCUCAUACAACUGAUGAUUAAAUUAACUCUGUCCAUGGUCUAGCCCCAGCAAUACAGAGUCAUUUAUAUUGUGUGUAGUCAGAAGGAUACCAGCCCGGUGCUGUGAUAUUGACCACUUUUUGGCCUUUUUAAAAAAAAAGUACAGACGACCUAGGUCUUACUGAGGCACUUACAGUAAAGCAAUACUAGCACCAGGUCUGUGGGUGUCUGUUGUUGUGUCAGUGAGCAGAGCAGACACCAGUCAGUGGCUCUGAGGAUGGCCCUGGAGAGAGAGAGACCGAGACCGGCCAGCACCUGGCAACUGCUGAAUGGCUCAGUCAAUCCUUGAUGAUGUCAUUAAUAUUCAGUUGAACCACUAAAGAAGAAAAUGAAGAUGUGGUUUUAUCUGUCGUUUUUGCACUGUGCAUUCCGUAAUGUGAACCGUUGAAAAUUCCAAACCUCGGGGGGGGCUCUAGAUUAUUUAAUUAUCUGUUCAACUUUGAGGAUUGGAAGAUAUUUUUCUCCUCUGAAAUUCACUCACAUUCUAAGAAGACUCAUGCAUGUAUACACAAAUUAGUAUUUCUAAGUGCAUUUGCAAAAACUUCCUGUUUGCCCAGAUUGUAUUCUGAUUAUUCCACUGCUGUUCUUAGACCAGUGUCUUUAUACAUUGUUCGCAUGGACACACACACACACACACACACACACACACACACACACACACACACACACACACACACACACACACACACACACACACACACACACACACACACACACACACACAGUCAGAAAUGCAUUUCAUUCGCACACUAUUUCCCUUUAUGUCUUACUGACAUGAUGAGGACCAAACUGAAACAAAUAAACCAAUGAAUCUUAUGAAGAGCUGAAGACCCACCACUGUUUGGGAGGAAAUACUAAAUGUAUGUUCAUUCCUACGGUAGCUAUAUUGUAUCGUUUUAUUAUGCUAGUCAAAGGCUCUAAUGCACUUAAUGGACAUCUCCCAAAGAAAACUGUCUUAAAUAUGUCUGCAGUGUGACCAUAUUACUGCAGUGGACCAGUGAGGUUACAGUGUUAAGUUGGUGUUUGUUUUUUCAGGACCAGCAUUUUGACCUGUAGACAUGCCUAUUUUAUUGUGUACAUUCAUUUCACAGUUCAGUUGCCUUGUUGUUAUCCACAAGCAGUUAUAUCAAGUAGAGCUGAAUACGGUUGGUUAUAUCAAGUAGAGCUGAAUACGGUUGGUUUGGUGUGUUAUUCUAUGAAAGCCUUCUUUAUGGACCAUCCAACAGACUAUUACUGUUCGCACUAUGGAGAUGUUGCUUUAGGAUGGUGCGUACUUCUCCUAUAGACCUUGUGGAGAGAGUCCAUCUCCACUCGAAUGUAUGAUACAGUACUUGACAUCAUGCUGAUUAUUCAUUUUCAGAUAUACUGUACCUAUACACAGCCACGCUAAGCUCCAAACUGCUCCAAACUGAAACUAGUUUGUGAGAAUUCCUCAAGCCUAUUUUGUGUGUUCAUGAAAUGACAUCCAACUUAGAUCGUUUUUGUUGUGAGUUGAAAUGUUUACCACAUUCCACUUUCCACAGUUCCAUUUUCUACAUUCAUUCUAGAUGUUAUGUAGUUUGUCUUAAUGAGCGUUUCAUCUAGAUUGCGCUCAUUGUUGGAAGCUAUUCGCUGAAUGAAGAGAGACUGGCCACCAUCAAAUUCAGAAGACAUAGUUAUGAAAUGUGUUUUAAGAUUCACAAUAUUAUUUUGUAUAUGACCCCGUACCUCUGGAGUGUGGCUAAAUGUUUAAAUGUAUCAUACGCUCUCUAUUACUGCGUAUUAUUGCGUUUUCCAUGUUGAAGAAGUCAUGUUCUUUUUUUUAAUCCAAAAUCAAAGAGAAGACUGAGAGCAUCCACUUCUGUCUAAAACAAUAUUUACAAGGCGUCUUUUAAAAGGAACAUGCUCUCUGUGCUGGUGCUCUGACUGGUGACACACAUCAAUGUUGUCUUAACUAGACAUUCUUCUCUAACCUCAGCUGCAUCCUCACCUCUAGUUGGCAUUGAGAGAGAGAGAAUGGUAACCAUGCUAACAAGUCUUUUAGCCCUUUCCUCUUAUACUCUGUACCAACCACUGUGGAUAGCUAUGUGUGUCUAGGAGACCGUGUAUGUGCAAGAAAGUAAUAACUAUUGCCAGUUUUCAUUGUUCAUUAUUCAUUAUUGUUUGUACUAGCUAUAUGUUUUGUUUUCAAGACUCUGGGCAAUGUUUGCCCAUAAGGUCGCCUCAAAGACUUGUAUAAAAUUAAAUAGAAGCAGCCACCAUCAUUCAAACGCUCUUAGAACUGACAGUGACUGUGGUGUCUGUCUCUUAGAACUGACAGUGACUGUGGUGUCUGUCUCUUAGAACUGACAGUGACCGUGGUGUCUGUCUCUUAGAACUGACAGUGACUGUAGUUGUGCCUGUCUCUUAGAACUGACAGUGACUGUGUUGUGCCUGUCUCUUAGAACUGACAGUGACUGUGGUGUCUGUCUCUUAGAACUGACAGUGACUGUGGUGUCUGUCUCUUAGAACUGACAGUGACUGUAGUUGUGCCUGUCUCUUAGAACUGACAGUGACUGUGUUGUGCCUGUCUCUUAGAACUGACAGUGACUGUGGUGUCUGUCUCUUAGAACUGACAGUGACUGUGGUGUCUGUCUCUUAGAACUGACAGUGACUGUGGUGUCUGUCUCUUAGAACUGACAGUGACUGUGUUGUGCCUGUCUCUUAGAACUGACAGUGACUGUGUUGUGCCUGUCUCUUAGAACUGACAGUGACUGUGUUGUCUGUCUCUUAGAACUGACAAUGACUGUGUUGUCUGUCUCUUAGAACUGACAGUGACUGCGGUGUCUGUCUCGUAGUGCACCAGUGGGUAUCUGUUGUCUAUGAAGGGUUUAACUCUGUUAGAGUUAAAGUGUGUUGAAUACUGUACAUUAACUCUCCUGUAAAGUUUUCCAGGGGUCUAUGGGCCACGCUCAUUUUGUCUUAGUGGCCAGUGGGCCACUCCUCUCCAUUUCUUUUUAUGUUGUCCUUUUUAUGAUCUACUUGCUGUCUUUUUUAUGAUCUACUUGCUAAAGUCACUGUAAAUAGAUACUCAAGACCAAAAUGCAUCACACAUGUGCCUUGAAUCAUGUAUUGGUAGCCUUCACUAACAAGUUUAGAAUAACAGAAAAUUACAUUGAAUCUUUUUUCAUACUUUUAUUUCACCUUGUUUGUUUCCUCCAUAUUUCCUAUGUAUGUAUAGAAAGAAUGUCUAUUUUGUACUGUUUUUCUCUUAAUUAAAAUUGAAAAUGUUGUGUGUG